AUGGCUGCGUCCCCCCAGGCCAACGCCACCGCUCCUCUUCUACAUCAUUCUCCUAGUCUUCCCCCUGCUCCUCCGCCAUCCCGCUCUCCACGUAUUUCCAUUCCUUUUCUGCAGCCCCAAGUUGCCGGUGUGCCGACGUCGACGCUGCCGGAACGUGCCCAGGCUCCGCUUCCUGCCAUUCCACUUCCGUCCAUUCCAUCUGAGCUACAGCUCUCUGCGGAGGGGUUGGUAUACGCUUUGGUCCAGCUGGUGUCUGACAGCACACAGCACACAUGGUAUCCGUCCAUCACUGGUCUCAGGUACCUGUCGGUACAUUCAAUAUCUGCGUUCUUCCGUGAAGAAGACUUGCAACGUGUCUUCUCUGUAUCUUCUGGCACAGGCCAAGGCGUCGAGCGAGCCGUCAUCCAUCACGCCGUGCAGCACGCUACCCAGAACGUCUUGUUCUGGCUUGACAGGGGGAAUUUCAAGUACCCGAACUUUAUGUCCAACACUACCACCACGCCAGAGCGCCUGAAACAAUGGACUGCGUUUGGUGCCCUCGCCGCCAUUCACCUGUUCACUCUAUCCGCCGGUCCUCUUCCAAUCUAUAUCCUGCGCCCGUGGUUCAACCUAGCUGCAGACGAGCCAAUUCCAACCUCCCUCACUGAUCCGGUGUGUCAGUUUCUCAUGAAUGCCGUCAACCAGCAGCCUGCGAUUGUCAGAUUGACCAGAGCUGGUCGAGCGGAGGUCCAUGACUCCUGGAGCUCGGAUUUUAUGGGCAAGGUGUUGUUCCCGGACUCACGAGACGACUGGGAAGUCAACCAGGAGUUUCUCGCGUUUUCCGCAGGGUUUAAUACUCCGUUGGGCGGUGGUACGACCUUGAUCUCAACAAUGGAGCCCUUUGUAGGUGCUCACGGGGUGCCAGCCUUCAUAGCUGCGCUGUACGAUAGGACAGUGAAGACUCCUUCCCAAGUCAUCGACAAACUCUCCCCUCAGUACCACUACUCCGGUGUCCAGCCGGCCCACUUGCUUCUUCAAAGGCUCUUUGUAGCCUGCCUCGUCCGCUAUCUGAAUGGCAAGGGCCAUCCAGACCACCCGGAGCUGAGAGCGAGCGGUCUUGUCGAAGAUGACCAGUUCAUAACUCGCCAGGACGACGUCGCCCUCCGAUCUCAGAUGUUCCUAAAAGCUGUUUCCGAUACGUGGGCUGUCCCUUUAGACCCGGACUGGAGCAUCAAGAGAUAUCGUGCUCCCUCGAAGACUCGCUUACCAGGCCCAAUGCCCUCGCAGCAGUUGAAGUAG